GUGUACGCAGCCGUGUUAGAUUUUUUUGCGAUAGAGAAAUUUGGAUUGGGUUCCGUGCCAAUGAUUGUUCUCCAAAGCCCGGUCAGGUGACAUUCAGCAUUUUUCCUCUCGGGUCUCAAAGUACCGUCUGCCUUCGAUUUGACUCAAACUGGUGACUGCUUUCUGUACCUUGCUCGAUUCCUGAUAUCACCGAGACUGGGCAGUCGAAUUGUAGCAUUUUGUUUUAAUUUCUCCCUCUCUUCAUUACCAUGGCAGGAUCCGUCGAUAACAGCAAGCAAGAGAAAGUUGUGGCUCCCGGGCCAAAUCCUGCACCUAUUCAACGUCAGAAAUCGUAUACCGAAGAAAUUGUAGACGGACAAGUUGAUUCAGUUGACACCAAUGCUCGCUGGUUGGCUUACGGUGCUCGUUUGCGAACCGCCAUUCGAGCUUCAACUCGUUACUUGGCUUACAGCAGUGAUGUUGGUGAGGCAUUCAGACCCAUUGUGCAUCCCUUGAUGGUUCGUGCUGCCUAUGGUAUCAGCUGGGCCUAUGUCGGAUUGGAUGUUGCUUAUGAAGGAUACAAGACUCACAAGGCUGGCAAUGACAAUGCUGUCGUCGGUGUGGCUGCUUUCAAACGCGGUAUCUUCCAGACCUUUGCUUCCAUGCUAUUGCCCAUGGCUACCAUCCACACCGCAGUCAAAUACAGCGCCAAGCAUGUAUUCAACAAUAUGAAAAAUACCAAGAUUAAGACAUGGGGACCAACUGCCACCGGUCUGGCGAUUUUGCCGCUUCUCCCUUAUAUGUAUGACGAGGUUGUGGAACAUAUUGUCGACCGGGCGUUUGAGCCGUUGGAGAAGAAGGUUCUUAGCGAAAAGGAUGUGUCUCGGGUACCUCCAGUUCAUCAUAACAUCGUUAAAGAAAGCGAAUAAAAUAACCACUAGAUUUUUCUUCUAUUGCUGUACCUUUUGGGAAAGCUGAGAAUAUUUGCCCAAUCGGACAUAAGCGGAAAUCUAAAAAAAAAAUGGGAAAGUGAAAACCCAGCGAUAAAUUUUUUUU